CGGGCUGCUGGCGCUAUGGCGGGGCUGGAGCUCUUGUCCGACCAGGGCUACCGGGUGGACGGGCGGCGCGCCGGGGAGCUGCGCAAGAUCCAGGCGCGGAUGGGCGUGUUCGCGCAGGCCGACGGCUCGGCCUACAUCGAGCAGGGCAACACCAAGGCACUGGCGGUGGUCUAUGGGCCGCACGAGAUUCGGGGCUCUCGCGCUCGGGCCCUGCCUGACCGGGCCCUGGUGAAUUGUCAGUAUAGUUCAGCAACCUUCAGCACAGGCGAGCGCAAGCGGCGGCCACAUGGGGACCGUAAGUCCUGUGAGAUGGGUCUGCAGCUACGCCAGACCUUCGAGGCAGCUAUCCUCACACAGCUGCACCCUCGUUCCCAGAUUGAUAUCUACGUGCAGGUGCUGCAGGCAGAUGGUGGAACCUAUGCAGCUUGUGUGAACGCAGCCACGCUAGCAGUGUUGGAUGCUGGGAUACCCAUGCGGGACUUUGUGUGUGCAUGCUCAGCUGGCUUUGUGGAUGGCACAGCCCUGGCAGACCUCAGCCACGUCGAGGAAGCAGCUGGGGGCCCCCAGUUGGCCCUGGCCCUGCUGCCAGCCUCAGGCCAGAUAGCACUGCUUGAGAUGGAUUCCCGUUUACAUGAGGACCACCUGGAUCAGGUGCUAGAGGCCGCUGCCCAGGCUGCCCGAGAUGUGCACACCUUGCUGGACCGUGUGGUUCGGCAGCAUGUGCGAGAGGCCACUAUCUCACUGGGAGACUGAGCACCCCAACACCCAUGUCCACAAUAAAGCUCCUCUGUUCACACAUUC